AUGUCGACCGCGGACGAGCUGAAAGCUCUGGGCAACAAGGCUAUUGCCGCGAAGGACUUCGACGAGGCUAUUGACAAAUUCACACAGGCAAUUGCCUUGACACCAGACAACCACGUCCUCUACAGCAACCGCUCCGCAGCACAUGCCUCCAAGAGGGACUACGAGAAUGCCCUGAAAGAUGCCGAGAAGACUACAGAGAUCAAGCCCGACUGGCCCAAGGGCUGGAGCCGGAAAGGAGCCGCUCUUCACGGAAAGCGUGACCUUGCCGGCGCCCUCGACGCCUACAAGAAGUCCUCCGAGCUCGACCCGAACAAUGCUGCCGUCAAGAAGGACAUUGCGAACAUUGAGCGGGCCCUGCAGACUCCGGAAGACCCUAUGGGCGAUCCCGCUGCCGGCCUCGGCCAGAUGUUCAGCGACCCCAACCUCAUUGCAAAGCUCGCCGCCAACCCCAAGACGAGCUCCUUCAUCUCCGACCCCGUUUUCAUGAACAAGAUCCAACAGAUCCAGCGGGACCCCAAGUCUCUGAACCCCCAGGAACUCACUGGCGACCCGAGGUUCCUGCAGGUUCUCGGUGUCUUGAUGGGUGUCGACAUGCAGAUGGGCAUGCCUGACGAGGCUGGCCCAGCUGGUGGCGCGCCCCAUGAGGCUGAAGAGGAGGUGCCUGAGCCUAAGAGGCCCGAGCCUGCUAAGAAGGCACCUGAGCCCGAGCCCGAGCCAGAGCCCAUGGAGGAGGACGAGGAGUCGAUUGCCAAGAGGAAGGCAAAGGAGGAGGCCGACAAGCUGAAGGCUCAGGGUACCGCCGAAUACAAGAAGAGGAACUUCGACGCAGCCAUUGAGAACUACACCAAGGCAUGGGAGACCCACAAGGACAUCACCUACCUGACCAACCUGAGCGCCGCCUAUUUCGAGAAGGGUGACUAUGAGAAGUGCAUCGAGGCCUGCAACAAGGCCGUCAACGAGGGCCGGGAGAUCUACGCCGACUUCAAGCUGAUAGCCAAGGCUCUCGCUCGCAUUGGUAGUGCCUACGAGAAGCAGGGCGACCUGGCAAAGGCAAUUGAGUACUACAACGAGUCUCUGCGUGAGCACCGUACUCCCGAUAUCUUGAACAAGCUCCGCGCCGCGGAGAAGCGGAAGCUUGACGACGCCAAGAAGGCGCUCAUCGACCCGGAGAAGGCCGAGGAGGCCCGUCUCCAGGGCAAUGAGUUCUUUAAGAAGGCUGAGUACACCGAGGCGUACAAGGCCUACGAGGACAUGGCCAAGCGCGCCCCCGAGGACCCCCGAGGCUACUCGAACAAGGCCGCGGCUCUGAUCAAGCUCGGCGAGCUGCCCAGUGCUUUGGAUGAGUGCAACACCGCCAUCAAGAAGGACAAGACCUUCAUCCGCGCAUACAUCCGCAAGGCUCAGGCGCUGUUCAUGAUGAAGAGGUACUCGGACUGCCUGGACGCUUGCGAGGUGGCCGCCGAGGUUGACGCCCAGCACCACAACGGCGCCAGUGCCCGGGAGAUCGAGCAGCAGCAGCAGAAGGCGCUAACGAAGAUGUACGAGAGCCGGGAAGGUGAGACCGAGGAGCAGACGAGGGAGAGGAUCAUGCGUGACCCCGAUAUCAUGGCCGUCAUGCAGGAUCCAGUCAUGCAGUCCAUCCUGCAGCAGGCCCAGUCCGACCCUGCGGCUCUUCGCGAGCACAUGAAGAACGCGGGUGUGCGCUCCAAGAUCCAGAAGCUCAUUGCAGCUGGUGUGAUUCGCGUUGGUUAG